AAUUUCGUUGCGUUUUCUCGCAUAGUCUUGCACUGAUCUGCCCGCCAAUCACAUCCGCCACAGGUCCUCGCGUGAGCGGACGGCAUCAAAUGGAGCCCUUCGAAUACACUCCCAGUCCGGUCCGCGUUGUGUUCGGGAGUGGUACUUUGGCAAGACUUCCUGAAGAGCUCAGGCGUCUCAAUGUCACUCGACCGCUCUUGCUUUCAACACCAAGACAAGUGGCAAAGCUGCAAUUGAUAAGCCAGAUCCUUUCAGAUGCAUCGAUUCGUCAGGCAGGUCUCUUCUCGAACGCGAUCAUGCACACUCCGACGCCCAUGACGGACUCUGCAGAGUCUUAUGCUCGAGAGACCGCAGCGGACUCGAUUGUCAGCUUCGGAGGUGGUAGCACGGUUGGUCUUGGGAAGGCACUGUCGAUCCGGACCGGUCUACCGCAUGUCUGCAUCGUCACGACGUACUCCGGCUCGGAGAUGACUUCAAUAGUGGGCGAGACCUCUGAGGGAAAGAAGACUACCCGAAAGGAUCCCAAGAUAUUUCCUGCGACUGUCAUCUAUGAUGUAGAUCUAACGCUUGAUUUACCCGCAGAGACGAGCGCAGUCAGCGGCGUGAAUGCCAUGGCACAUGCAGUUGAGGCACUCUACGCCCAAAACAAAAACCCUGUCACCAGCAUGAUGGCUCUCGAAGGCAUCAAAGCCCUGUCCCAUUCCUUGCCUAUCAUCGUACAAGAUCCGACCGAUCAUGCUGCUCGAGAGAAGGCUCUGUACGGUGCAUGGCUGUGCGCAGUGUGUGCCGGAACAGUGGGUGUUGCUCUUCAUCACAAGCUCUGCCACACCCUUGGCGGUUCGUGCGGGCUGCCACAUGCCGAGACUCAUACUGUGGUCCUCCCGCACGCUCUGGCUUACAAUGCGCCGGCGGUACCGGACGCUAUGCACAAGCUGGCGGAAGUGCUGGAAGGGAGCGACGGCGAUGCUACACGCGGUGUGAACCGCUUGUUGGCCAGAUUGGGAGUGAAGAGGAGCCUGAAGGACUUGGGUAUGAAGGAAGACGAUGUCGAGAGGGCUGCGGACAUCGCGAUGGAAAGGCCUUAUUGGAAUCCAAGACUUAUCAAGAGGGACGUUUUGCAGGAGGUUGUCAGAAGAUGCUGGGCUGGCGAGGAGGCUAGAUCAGAUCUGUGA